UUGAUUAACCGAAGUGUACCGAGCGCAACCGAUUGUCAACGAGCAACCACUUAUCGCUGUUUAACCUGCCUGAACUGCCUAUCAUCCGUUUUGUACGGUAUGUGUAUGUCACGUUCGCUCUCAUAUUCCUCGAAUUUCUUAAAUAUGUGAACACAAGGAUUGGAUCUUGUAAACCGGCGUUGAACGCGUCACUAACCUUUCACUCGAAUUUAUCCGUCGUGGUGAAUAGUACGAACAGAUAAUUAUUACAACGUAAAAAGUGAUGUCAGAAAUACGCAAACGGACGGGCGGUGAUACAUCGGCAGCAUCCCGAGACGUUAGCGAUGAUCAGAAAGAAGAUGUGGAAUCUGAAGACGAUGCAAAAUUGGAAGUAGAAGAAUUGACCAAAACUCUACCUCAAGGGACUGAUCAUACCCCGCAUAUUUUAAGUUCUGCUCUCUCUGGUCUUCCGGAUCGUUGGAGGAAUUGGAUAAUUAGAACUAUUUUCACAUGGUUUAUGUUAGCUGGAUUUUGUCUCAUCAUUUAUGGAGGUCCGCUAGCAUUGAUGGUCACGACAUUGGUAGUGCAAGUGAAAUGUUUUGAAGAAAUCAUUAAUAUUGGAUAUGCUGUGUACAGAAUCCAUGGUUUACCAUGGUUCAGGUCAUUAUCAUGGUAUUUUUUAAUAACCUCUAAUUACUUUUUUUAUGGAGAAAACCUAAUGGACUAUUUUGCUGUGGUGAUUAAUCAAACAGGAUACCUGCGUAUACUUGUAACAUACCAUCGAUUUAUUUCAUUCUGCCUUUACAUUGUUGGUUUUGUAUGGUUUGUACUUUCGCUUGUAAAAAAAUACUAUAUGAAGCAAUUCUCUCUAUUUGCUUGGACACAUGUUGCAUUACUUAUUGUUGUGACACAGAGUUAUCUCAUUAUUAAAAAUAUAUUCGAAGGAUUAAUAUGGUUUAUUGUACCUGUUAGUAUGAUUGUGAUCAAUGAUGUGAUGGCAUAUAUGUUUGGCUUUUUCUUUGGACGAACACCUUUAAUAAAAUUAUCUCCAAAGAAAACUUGGGAAGGUUUUAUCGGCGGUGGUAUUUCGACCGUCAUAAUUGGAUUAUUAAUAUCAUAUGUCAUGUGUCAAUACCGCUACUUCGUCUGUCCUAUUGAGUAUAGCGAAGUUUUAGGAAGAAUGACUAUGGAUUGUGAACCAUCCAGUUUGUUUCAACCACAAGAGUAUACAUUACCAAAGAGUUUUCAAGUGGUAUCAAAGAUGUUCAAUGGGAAAUCUACUUUAACGUUGUACCCGUUUGUUCUGCAUUCGUUGUCUUUGUCGCUAUUCAGUUCUGUAAUCGGACCAUUUGGAGGAUUCUUUGCUAGUGGAUUUAAGCGAGCGUUCAAGAUCAAAGACUUUGGCGAUGUAAUUCCCGGUCACGGCGGAAUUAUGGAUAGAUUUGAUUGUCAGUAUCUGAUGGCAACAUUUGUGAAUGUCUAUAUUAGCUCAUUCAUUCAUACACCAACACCUCAGAAACUAUUACAGCAGGUUUACAGUUUGAAGCCGGAACAACAGAUGCAACUUUUCCUAUCAUUAAGAGAUUCAUUGCAGAAUAGGGGUAUGCUAAAUGCUUAUUAAUAUUCUAAGUUAAAUAUAUUUAGAGUGGCGAACUCUCCUGCAGGGAUUAUUUUUAUCUGUUGGAAAAUAUUAGAAAAGAUAAUGAUCUUUUUUAAUAUUUGAGAAGACGUUACAUGCAGAUAGCAGUGCAAUCAGUAUCAAAUAAUUAUAUUUUGUUAAACUAUGACAAUGACAUUUAUUUUUUAAUUAGAUAAGGAAAGGUCAUAUCAUAUAAUGUGAUAGGCCUGUCUAAUUGAGAUCAAUAUGGCCAGAGAUUCAAAUAUAUAUAUAUAUAUAUAUAUAUAUUUCCCUCAAUUGUUUUCUUCUUUUUUAUUAUUAAAAAUGAAGAUUUUAAUAUCAAAAAUAAAACUUUUUCUAUUAUACCCUGUUCUUUAUGAAAUUCAUAUCUAUAUUAAGAAUUUGUUUGUUUAUGCAUUGACAGAACUAUGAUGCACGAAUUACAUAUAAUGGAAUGAAUUAAAAUUGUAACAUGUACUACUUCUGUGAUCAACUCUGGCCUAGGAGCAGUCAGUUGGAUAGAUCUAUCAUAUAGCAUUAACUAUUUUUUCUGCAUUCCAAUUAGAUAGUCAAAUUUUUGUCAAAUUUAUGGUGGUAGUUUAUAUUAAACUACAGUAUUGUAAACACAAUAUUUUUGUCUAAAACCUCUAAGCCAAAGAACCAUGCAUUAUAAAAGUCUUAUGUUAUAUAUAGCAGCGUUUACAAAAAAUCUUCAGCUUCUAAAAUAUCGACUUAUAAUUUUCGACUAGAUAUUAAAUACAAUUAGGUGUUAAAAGAUUCUAUUCAAGAAGGUAUUUUCACUUAAAAUAUGUAGAUCUCAAUACAAUUUUUAUUUGUAAUUGUGCAUUUAAAAUUCGAUAAAAACGAAUCUCACUUGUAUAUAAACAUUAUGUUUUUUUAUUUAGGAUUAAUUUUAAAAUUAAUUUUAGAACACAUAAAAACAUUGACAAUUCUGAGUCUGUCAUGUAUGAGUCUGAUUUAAUCUUUUGCUAAAUACGUUCUUUUUAUUAAAAUUAGAAUGUUUAUUACGUUAAUACGUAUAAGGGAAAAAUGUCCCAAUAACCUGAUUUAUAUGCUAUAUAUAAGUAUUAUUGUUAGUGUUGUGGGAAAACGGUUCUACUUAGGAGUUUAGCAUUAUGCUUUCUGUUUCCUCUUGCAUGGGAUAUCGAAUUCGCAUUUGUUUCUCAAAUAGAGCGAAAGAAAGAUAAGCUGGUAAGCUCAUUUAAAUUAUGAUUGAAUAAAAUUAUUUGUGGUUAUCUCGCGUAAAUAUCAUCGUUUUUAUUAUCAUCGUGAAUAUUAGCGAUAUGCAUGUACUUAAAAUAUUUGGAUAAGACAAGAUUAGGUAUUUUUAAUACAUUUACAUGAAAAUCUUGGAAUAUAUGCAUAUGAAGUCCUGUUGAUCCCAUUUAAAAACAUCUCGUCUGUGUACUUAUGUCAUAUUAUUAUUUACAUAAUGCUAAACUUCUUGAACUUGUAUUAUCGCAACCUUUUAUUAUGCAUUAUAAUAGCGAGAAAGAACCAGUAGAACUGAUUAUUUAGACAGAAUAAAUUUCCGUUUAUUAAUCGCCAUUUGCAGUUGACAGAUAAAAUGACGAAGUUAAUAAAUGGAAGUGUUUGUAUUAGCGUAGCUAAUGAUAUUCUGCAGCUAUAUCAUAUAAUUUAUAAAAAUACGAUCAAGUUACCACAGAUGAUCAUCUAUUUUGCCAUGUCAUACAGUAAAUAAGGACAACCAAAUGGAUGUUAGCUAAAGAAAUGAUUCUAAGGAUUAAUCUUCUUUGACAAGUCUUAGUUCAUAUUAUUUUAUUGUGCUCCAAAUCGGUUACGAUAUAUAUUAUCUAUAAUUGUGCCAAUUGUGCUUUUAAAAAACUAUUCUAUUUCAUAAAUCACCUCAUAUAUACUGAAUUGAUAUAUGGCACAAUUAUAAACGUAAUUUUCUGUGAUUAGAUUAAUACAAAUUAUAUAAGUACGUUUUGUAAACUGCUGAAGUACACUCGGAUCUUAAUAUAAUUCUUGAAUUGGGAAUACUGACUUUGGGAUAUAACUUGUCAUCUUGAUAAAAUAAAUUUGCAACAAUCUGCUUUCAUCUUAUCAUUUAUUUUUCUUAUUAUUUCAAUCUUUAAACCUAAUUUUUUUUAAAUUAUAACAUGUCAACAUAGGCUUAUCUCUCUGCUUUCUAAUUUGUGAUAUGUUAUAUUGAGAUCCUAGUGUAUGUAUGUACGUGCACGGUACCUUUCCAUGGUCAUAUGUGGAAAGGAUAUAUUGUACCUAAUUAUAAAAAAAAAAAAAUGAGUUUAUAGAUCCCUCUUGUCUUAAAAUGCUUACGACGUCUCUAUAGUAAAAAUUUAAUGGUUAUUAGAUAAUCAGAGAAAUAAUAUU